UGGUAACGGACAGUCAGACCAGCUGGGCGACUGUGGCUGCGCGCCGCGCGAGUAGAGCGGUGUGGCCGCGCGUGGAAGCCCCGCCGGCGCUGGGCUGCAGCCCGGGACCCGAGGCUCGGCCCUGCUGGUGAUCCCUGACCCAGCUGCGCCGUGAGCGGGCCCGCGGCUGGGCAGUGAGGCCUCCUCGGGCCCGCCGCGCCCUCCCUCCAUGAGAAUAGGGGCUCCGCGGAGCUUAACGGAGGCCGGGCCGGGGCGGCGGGCGGAGUAGAGGCGGCGGCGGCGGGCCCGCUCACCCUUGCGGGUGGAUGCUGCGCCGCGGCGAUGGACGCCCUGGAGGAAGAGAGCAUCGCGCUGUCCUUCUCUUCUGCCUCUGAUGCAGAAUUCGAUGCUGUGGUCGGAUGUCUAGAGGACAUUAUCAUGGAUGAUGAGUUCCAGUUAUUACAGAGAAACUUCAUGGACAAGUAUUACCAGGAGUUUGAAGACACCGAAGAGAAUAAACUUACCUACACGCCCAUUUUUAACGAAUAUAUUUCUCUGGUAGAAAAAUAUAUUGAAGAACAGCUGCUGGAGCGGAUCCCUGGAUUCAACAUGGCCACUUUCACAACAACAUUACAGCACCAUAAAGAUGAAGUAGCUGGUGACAUAUUUGACAUGCUGCUCACAUUUACUGAUUUUCUGGCAUUUAAAGAAAUGUUUUUGGACUACAGAGCAGAAAAAGAAGGACGAGGACUAGACUUGAGCAGUGGCUUGGUGGUGACGUCCUUAUGCAAAUCAUCUUCUACACCAGCCUCCCAGAACAAUGUACGUCACUAGGGCCCACCUCCAGGCAAUGGGUGGGACCAUCUCGGAUGAUGUCACUAGCCUGGUAGGCUUAGAGACUUCAGUUAUGCCCACAGACAUGGUCUCUGAAAGACUGCUGCUGUGUUGCCAUUUAUGUUAAGUAUUGAUGGGUCACAGACAACAUGACCUGAUCCUUCUGGACCAUU